AUGCUGCUGAUCAUUGAAGGUCUUCUUCUCAUUUCAGCUGUUCUACGACAGGAUCACAGAGCUGCUGCUGCUGCUGAAGAAUAUCCAUUGGAUAUGGCACUAAAUUCUUUUGAUGACCAAUAUAACGGCUGCAAAGAGAACAUGGCAAACCGCGUGGAGACAAAAUAUCUAGAGAAGGAAAUCAAUAACUCACUUGAUUUUAAAAUUGCUUGGAAAAAAGGAAACUUUGUCAAGACCCCACAUGACAAAGACCUGACAAAGAAUCAUUUAAUCGCUAUUUAUGUGUAUAGUGGCAGUAAUGUAUAUCAGCAGUUUAAUCGUGACACUCGUGACGGUAAAAGACUGUACAAACAAAUGAGAUACAAAUGGUAUUCACUUCACUUUCUGUUAACAGAUGCAAUACAGAUUCUGAAGAAAACACAAAAAUGUUAUUCAACUUUUCGUGGUACCAAAGCUGAAUUUGAUAAGCAUGUUCUGAACAAAGAGGUUCGUUUUGGCCAGUUUGCUUCAUCCUCUCUUGAUCGUAAAGCAAAGCGUUUUGGAACUAAAUCUUGUUUUGAAAUCCACACGUGUGAAGGUGCAGAUGUGUCAAAAUACUCUAAGCUUCGUCAUGAGAAAGAGGUGCUGAUUCCUCCAUAUGAGAAGUUUAAAGUCACUGCUGUCAAGACAAAAAAAGAUCAGAAAGAUCCCUGGUGUGACACUGUCUAUGUGUUGAAAAGCUCUGGAAAGAAAAGUGACCUGAACUGUGCUCUAUUCAAGAAACCAACAAAGACCAUAAUGAAGUAA